CAGAGGCAGAGCUGAAAUAAGCCCAGCUGAGGUACCUGAGCUGAAGCCACCCACAGGGAGAGCAGCUUGAGAUAUGGCCGAGCAAAGAAGACUCCGUCUCCCCAGGCAGGGGCUCUGCUUGGUUUUGUUGGUGGACCUGUGGCUGAGGGUGGAGCUGGCUCUGGCGACUGAGUGCUCCGAUGGUGAAUUCAAAGUGGUGACCAAGGAGGGUAUUACAAACUGCCUCAAGUGCAGCUCAGUGACACGCGGCCUUUCGGAUCCGUGCCCGGACAUCCUGAAACCGACCUGUAAGUGUAGUCCUGGGUACCAGUGUAGUAAUCUUCCAUGUACGAUCUGCAGUCCACUCCCUCAGUGCGAGGCGGGGACGGAGCUGAACAAAUCAGGCACCGAUCACUUCAAAUUCACCUGUGAACCCUGUAAAACUGGAACCUAUUCUGACACUCUGAACAGCUGUUGCAGGCCUUGGACUAACUGUGAGAGUUCUGGAUUACGAACAAUCAGGCCAGGAAAUCGUACCCAUAAUGUGGAAUGUGGCAUCUUCGGAGCUGUGACCCCAGUUGAGCAGCAAGAUUCCAAGUACACCACCAUCCUGGCGAUAUUGACUGCACUGGGUGUAUUCAUUCUCAUCCUGAUGACUUUCUUCCUGCACCUUUGCUUAUGGACACUGAAGAAAGAGAAACUCCACAUCGUUGAAGAGCCUGAUCAUCCCAGCCCUCUGCUGCCGCCUGCCUGCCGCCUGGUCGAAGAUUCUUACAGCUGCCAGUUCCCAGAGGAAGAACAUGGAGGCAAAACCGCGGAAGGAAAACUCUCUUAUUGCCCUUUUGUGGGGUCACACUGAAGUUGCAGAGGGAGUGUAAGCCGCUGCCGGAGGAGCAGAGCUGGGCUUGUCUUUUCAAACGUAGCGUGGAGAGGGGCAAAGGGGUAAUUUCAAACAUAGCAGCAAGAAGUGGGCUUUUGUAACAGAGUUUGGUUUGAAACUGAGGAACAACUCACUCAAGUUGACAUUUAGUGCAGUCAGAAUCCCAGCUGCGCGUUCCUCCUUUUCUGAGUCCAGCCCUCCUGAGCUCAGCCUGGGACUAGAAUAUCCAGAUCUGAUUUUUCCCUGGGCGUCACAUGCUCAUGACUCUGAGGCACCUCCCUGACUGUGUGGCAUUUCCAUGGAGUGUCCGGGUCUCUCCAUGAGGUCCUACAGUUGCCUCUCUCCUGGCCAUGUGAGUAUGUCCCUGGGGAACUCAACUGUCGUACAUGCAAAACUACCAUUUGUAGGUGAAAAAGGGAGCUCUCUCUGAAUCUGAGAAAUAGCUCUGCUCUCAGGUGGAAACAGGAUUUCCUUGAUGCUUCUGCUGAUGGUGCAAAUCUCAGGGCACAGCUCUUGUCCCUGUAUAGUUUCCAGUCUGAGGCUACGUCACUUAACGCGGCUGCGAGCCCUGCUCUGGAGACAAUCAAAGGCCCUUGUGGGUGGUUGCAGAGAUUCUUGCAGCAGAGCAAGAGCCUUGGCUUAGCGAUAGGAGAACAUGGGGGUGUUUUGUCUUCCAUGACACUUCAGAGAACAUUUACAUGGAGAAGUUUUGCCCUGGGAGCCAUUUUUGUUUGAGGAAUAGUCAAUUAAAAAUACAAACAAUCAAAAACCCAACCUGAGGCCUAUUUACAAAGCAUAAAGAAUCUGCUUUGUAAAUAAUUCCCACCCAGCUUCUAAACAAAACAGAGGCUAGGACUCACAUUUUUGGGCAGGGCCAAGGGAAAAUCGUGCCCCCAAGUUCUAGCUCCUCAGCUGGUAUAAAUCGGUGAAGUGCAAUGGACGUGACCAGCAACUUCAGUGGGGCUACGCUGAUGUAUGCCAGCUGAGGAUCCAGCCCCAGAAGUUUUGAAUUUUGUUAAACUAGAACCCCAGAUUUUCCCAGGGUACCACCACUGGUAGAAUGAAUCCCUUCUGCCUUCAUUUAAAAGGCUAAUUCCUCAAAUUUGCCUGGCUAUUUCAGUUGGUAGCGCAUCAGACUUUUAAUCUGAGGGUUCAAGUCCCUGGUCAGGCACAGAGAGUCCAUCCUCCUGUGGGAUCUCCCAAGAACUUCAAAAGGCACCCUCUCCUUCAUGUUAGAGAGAGGGAUAGCUCAGUGGUUUGCCCUGUUAAACCCAGGGUUGUGAGUUCAAUCCUUGAGGGGGCCAUUUGGGGAUUUAGUGGGGGAUUGGUUCUACUUUGAGCAGGGGGUUGGACAAAAUGAUCGCCUGAGGUCCCUUCCAACCCUGAUAUUCUAUGAUUCAUCUUUUGGGUCAAUCUCCUUCAACAGAGCUACUUUGCAUUAGCAAAGGAUGUGGCCUUUUGGCUAAGACUCAGUGUCUUUCGUUGACACCAUCCGACUGCUAUGUAGUUUCCCAGCUCUGCCCUCCACCCUGUUCCAGGAAAGACCGAUAACUUUGGAGAGAAAUCUCUUGAUGACUAAAAACUCCCUGAGCCAGGAUGAGGUUUUGAGUCAGAGUUCAUAUAAAGAAAAUGCAAAUACCACCUACCUCAAACCAGGACGUCAAUUUCCUCCUCUGAUUUCUGGCGAGAUAAUGAAGUGACGCCUAUAAGUUAAGGCAAGCACUGGAAAUAUUAAUGCGUGGUGAAUAGAAAUUGCAUUUUUCUAUUAAAUGAUAAUAAACUGUGUUAUCCUUAGCUGUACAGGCAUGUAAAAAGAAUGUAAUGCAGUCCCAUUGAUAAGGCCUGCUCAACAGAGGAAUCUCAUCAGCUCAGAAGUAUUUUGAAAGCAAUUUGGUAUGUCUCUACAAUUCCUGAUCACACAUUCUAUAAUCAUUUGAGCUGAUUGUUGGGUUCCUCACACUGACACGUUCCUGUAAUUUCAGUGUGUCACCCUCAUACUGCCAGAGCAGGGUUCCAUGGGGAUUUAUUGUUCUAACAUUGUUUUGCUUGUUUCCUUUUGUGUGUAUUACCAAAUGGGUGCAGUAACUGUAAGGGGGAGAUCAGGUGGGAAGGAUUGUGAGUUAUAGCACAGUCUGAGAAGUCUGGACUCCUAAUGCUGCCACUGUCUUGGUAUCUGGCCUUGGGCAAGUCACUUAACCUGUUUGUGUCUGGGUUUCCCUAUUUGUAGUAGAGGCAUUGUGUGACAUAACUGGUGUUUGUAAAGCCUUUGAUGCUUCUCUAACGCCUUUCAGCCAAAGAUUUUGAAGUAUAAUUCUUACUCAGGAAAAGCAGUAUUUACUCCUGCAUCCUCCACCCACCACCUUGUGAAAUUUGACCAGUUCCCCAUUAAUUCUCCAACAUUUACCAUGACUCUCAUGGGUGCGGCUAAAUCACAUCAGCAAAAUGAUAAAAACGAGGAGGAGAACGGGGUUUGUUCUGCUCCAGCUGUGGAAUGUACAGAUCCACAGCUGGGGUGGGAGGUGGGGUGAACGGGAGGACCCAGAGGGAACGGACCCCCAAAGGAAGGCUUUGUCUUUGUCAAAGAGUUUACGUUUGGAAGCUGUCAUUCUGUGCAUUGCCUUUUUGUUUACUAUGUAUGU